AUGCCCUCUGAAAUCACCCCAUCCCCGAGGUACCGCCUUAACCUGAAGGUCGUCAUCAUGUCCAUCCUCAUCUGGGCGGGUACUUUCGUCGUAUUCGCCGCCAUCUCGGUUACCUUGGCCAUCACCACCAACGCCAUGUACUUCCUCUUCAUCAUCAUGGGCUUGGUGGUGUCCACCUUUGCCAUGGCCUUUUACAAGCCAGAGGGUCCUUGGGAGCCUCUGGUGCCGUACAGCAAACUCUGCGACCCCAAGCUGGAGACCCACGCUCCUAUAUACGUGGAAGAGAAGUCCUCCAUCUAUCCGCCGUCUCCUUCUAUCAGGAGCGUCACGCGCUCCGAUCCUUGGCUCUGCACGAGCGCCAAGACGACGCUGAAGGGUUCGUUCUCUUCGCCGAGGCUGUCCCACCACAGCACCUUGAAUGAAACCUGGCCUAGCGCUCCGCCGAGAGACCGAGCAUCGCAUCUUCCAGCGGGGUUUUUGCCCCUGGUUCCGACGGGAGUCUCAAGGAGUCUGUCCUCAGUGAGAGUGUCCAGCCCGGCCAACUGCGAGGAGCUGAAGGCAAGCACUUGCCACCAGUCUUAUGGAUGCUACGAGAGCCGUGUGAUACGGACAAAUUACAAAGAAUGGCCCAUCGACGGCUGCGCCUCGGACGUCGCCGACUGCUUGGAGGCUGACGCUACGUCGGCAGCGGACGCCGACCUUCUCGCCAAUCCCUUGAGCACCACGAUCACCAUGACUGAUGUCUCCAAGGAAGCUCCCGCAGAAAAGAAAAGGCGACGACUCCUCUGGAAUAUUUUUGGCAGGAGUAACGACAAGCCUUUAGAAAGGGAGCUUUCGGUGGACGCGAGCGAAUGCGACGACACAAAGCCAAAAGAUACUUUCCUCACAAACGACGGCGGAACUAAACCAAAAGCUCAGAACAAAGCGACCGGUAUCGCUAACUUGCCAGAGUACCAGAAAGUUGUGGAAAACAUCGAAAAGACUAUACGAGAGGCGAAAUCCGUUUUGAAUAGCCCGGAGGAAAGGCAGUCUGGUGAUGGCGCGACAAAGCAAAUGAUGGACGUUCAGCCGCUGAAACAGAGCCGUCACAAGGGCAAACAAAGUCCUAGAAUUAACGAAGGUACUCCGGAAACUCACAGUCUCCGAGGCAUCCUCAACUCGACGGACUCCAGCGUUUCGGAUGUUACUGGCAUCCCGCCCUUCUGGAAGGACGGACAGUCUCCAGAGGGCGCUUUCUCACACACCAGGAGCUCGAGACACAGCACGAGUCCCUCCGCGGCGUCAUCGGCAAGCCGGCUCACGAGCGGCGCAUCGACGCCGAGGGGUCCCGACCACCAAUACCUGAACGAGGCCUUCUUCAAGACCCAUUCCAGCUGGGACGACGCGAACCCCGAAUCCACCACGCCUUUCCAGAAGAGGAGCGGGAGUAAGGGGAGCAGCAGCCACGACAUCCUUUGCAAGUCGGACCUCCAGUUGUCUCCGGAUGAGACGCGCAUCUGGGGUGCCCCUAGUCAAAACAGGACCAAGGUCGGGGACAAGGCGAGCCAGACGUCGCUACGCCAGUUUUACACGCAAUUUUGUGGCGAUGACUUAGAUCCGUUCAGGAUGCCACCGCUGGUCAAGGCGGACCUGGUGGAAGUGACUGUCAUCAAUAACGCGCCGCCGGACAGCGGCGGCAUCCAGCAGAAGGGGGCCAGUCCGGAGACGGGAGACAAGAAGCCACCGGCUUCCAAGUACGUGCAGGCCACGAGUAAGACUGUCGAGGCGAGCGUUCAGAUGGGGCGAGAGGUCGUCACGUGCGACGGGGAUAACAACAGUCCUAGCAAGAAGUCGAAGAGACGCAAGCUCAAGCUCCUGCCGCGAUUUCUGAGGGGUAAAAAGAAAAAAUGA